AUGGGUAUCGCGGUGCAGAUCCGUGACGCAAUGAUCACUGCGGACGGUGUCUCUAGAGAUGCUGCAAACCUGCGGUUUUGGAUGGUAGAUCGAGAGGGGCUGUUGUACCACGUGGUGUCGGCGGAGAUCGAUUUACCCCACCAGAAGGAGUUUUAUAGACCCGCCUCAGAAAAGUGGGACGAGAUCAUCAGGGUUGGAGCGGACGACGCAUCGACGUGGGAGGGGGCGACUCCGAAGAAGAUAAGGAGGAGGGUUGAGUUAUUGGAUACGGUGAAGGAAGUAAAACCGACGGUUUUGAUUGGGUGUUCGACUGCUUCGGGGGCGUUCACGGAGGAAGUGGUCAAAGCCAUGGCGGAGGCGCUGCAGCAGGAAGAUCCAGGAACUAAGCCCAUCAUAAUGCCUCUCUCGAAUCCGGGCAAGUUAGUAGAGGCGAAGCCAGAGGACGUCCUUCGUUGGACGGGGGGCAGGGCAUUAGUGGCGACGGGGAGUCCGUUUGGUAAUGUGAAUAUGGAUACCUAG